CACAGGGAGCUGUUGGGGGUGUGUGGGAAGGGGUUUCAGAGCCUGUUUGGCUCAGGAUGGUUAAGACCCUGCAGUUCAUCUAGGUCCGCAUUUCUCUCUUGUGACUUCACACAUCUAAGGGAUUUUUAAACGCAUAUCUUAAGAAGUUCAGAAGACUUCUAUAAAUGUGAUUAAUGAUGUGAAAAUAUUGAUCUCAGGAAUACUUAAAGUUACCGCCCUGGUUCAGCUCUGUAUAACGUAGUGCUUCCUCUGCCCCAGUUUUCUGCCCCCCUUAACCCACAGGAAUGUCUGUGUCAAAGGUAUGUCAUGUCUGUGUAUUUUUCCCUUUUUCGGUCUCUCCAUGGUAUUGCAGCAGAAGCACACUCGGGAGUACGGAAGAAUCUUCAAGUCUCACUUUGGUCCUCAGUUUGUAGUGUCUGUUGCAGACCGAGACUUGGUGGCUCAGGUGCUGCGGGCGGAGGGGGCUGCGCCCCAGAGAGCCAACAUGGGGUCCUGGCAGGAGUACCGAGACUUACGAGGCAGAUCUACCGGGCUCAUCUCGGCGGAGGGUGACCAGUGGCUCAAGAUGAGAAGUGUGUUGAGACAAAGAAUUCUGAAACCAAAAGAUGUGGCCCCCUUUUCGGGAGAAAUCAAUCAAGUUAUUGCCGAUUUAAUUAAAAGAAUCUACUUCCUCAAGAACCAGGCAGAAGAUGGAGAAACUGUGACCAACAUCAAUGACCUAUUCUUCAAAUAUUCCAUGGAAGGAGUGGCCACCAUCCUCUACGAGAGCCGUCUGGGCUGCCUGGAGAGCAGCAUCCCACAGCCCACGGAGGACUACAUCCAGGCCCUGGGGCUCAUGUUCAGCAUGUUCAGGACCUCCAUGUACGCAGGCGCCAUCCCCCGGUGGCUCCGCCCGCUCGUCCCCAAGCCCUGGCGCGAGUUCUGCAGGUCCUGGGAUGGACUCUUCAAAUUCAGCCAAAUUCAUGUUGACAACAAGCUGAAGGCAAUACAGUGCCAAAUGGACCGAGGGGAGAGAGUGAGAGGGGGGCUGCUCACCUGCCUCUUCCUCAGUCAGGAGCUGACGCUGGAGGAAAUCUACGCAAACAUGACGGAGAUGCUCCUGGCCGGCGUCGACACGACGUCCUUCACCUUGUCCUGGGCGGUGUACCUCCUCGCGAGGCACCCAGAGGUGCAGCAGACUGUGUACCGGCAGAUAGUGAAGAAUCUGGGGGAGAGGCAUGUUCCCACGGGGGCCGAUGUCUCCAAAGUCCCGCUGGUCCGAGCUCUGCUUAAGGAAACCUUGAGGCUGUUUCCAGUGCUGCCGGGGAAUGGCCGGGUCACCCAGGAGGACCUGGUUGUCGGCGGGUACCUGAUUCCCAGAGGCACCCAGCUGGCCCUCUGCCACUAUGCCACGUCCUAUGAGGAUGAGAACUUCCCUCGGGCCAAGGAGUUCCGCCCGGAGCGCUGGCUGCGGGAGGGGCACCUGCACAGGGUUGACAAUUUUGGAUCCAUCCCCUUUGGCUAUGGAGUUCGCAGCUGCAUCGGGCGGAGGAUUGCAGAACUGGAGAUCCACCUCGCCGUGAUCCAGUUGCUGCAACAUUUUGAGAUCAGAACAUCUCCUUGGACUAAAACUGUUCAUGCAAAAACCCACGGGCUUCUGAUGCCCGGGGAGCCCAUCCAUGUGCGUUUUGUUAACAGAAAGUGAGCCUGGAGUGUUAACCCAGCCAGUGGACCGACACAGACUGGGCGUUCCUGUGCCCCCGAUGACCGCGGCGGAGGAGGAGGACCACUUUUAGGGCUGUCUUGGGUAUAGACUGGCCUCCUGGGUUCCGGGAGGCUUUUGAAUCUUUACCCAAAUAGUGUGAGAAAAUUGUUAGACUUUUGCCUACCAGAGUUGCCUUUUCUUUGGAGAAACAGUUGUUUAAAAGCCAGGGGCACCGAGUUCUCCUGCCUCAUACAGUGUCUUACCCUUGGGCUCAAUGUUUGGUCUCCUAUGCGUUUGUGCCAAGAAACGGCACGCUUACAAAUUCAGUGCUCGAAUGUACAUCCUCUGAUCCUGCUUCAGGACUCCGUUUGGACGCAGUUAUCAACUUCUCAUUUUUUAAUUUGAAGGGAGACCAUUAAGAAUGCCUCUGUAAUACCGUAAUUAUGGGAAGAAAGCACCACAGGCGACACAAAGCACCAGAUUUAGCUCCUGUGAAUGAAAAGGACCAUGCUCUUAUUUUCCUCUCCAAACCAGUGCUUCUUGUUCUAAUCUUAGCUGCUGAAGAAGGCGAACCUUACUUUUUUUGUUUGAAGAAAAUAAUCAUGAAGAAAUAAAAUUCCUGGCUGAGUCAAGAAUCAUCACGGUUUCUAAGCAAAUCGAAAUCCGAAGCACAUGUGUAAGAAUGGAGAAGCUGAGCAUGUGAAACUUCGUUGCCUACGGUGAGAAAACGGAAUUAAACGAGGCUGGUGGAAAACAGUGUAACUUCAGAACAUUUUCAUUUCAAGGAAAAAUAAAUAUCUAAAAGGACACGCUAAUAGAGAAAAUAAUAUUUUUCUUCUUCGUAGUCUUAUUUUAAAUGUCCAAACUGGAAAUGUGGUCCAGCUGUUGGUGCUGACAUCAGGCUCGACUCUAAGGAGUCUCUGAGUGUCUGUUCCCGUUCAUGCAACUUGCUGGUCACCAAUAAAAACCCAAUUUCAUAAUACUCUCCCUGCACUGUCGUGCUUGAAACUGCCUAUCCUCAAUCCCAUAAUUCUCUUUACAUAAUCCUUAUCCCCAAGUCACUUUCCUACUAAUAUAUACCAUAAAUCUCUCUUCCCCUCUUUAGUCAUUCUGCAAGAUAAUCCUUGUAUAAAGUAGAAAUGGGGGGUGGGGGUACAGCUCAGUGGUAGAGCACACACGUGCUUGGUGUGCAUGAGGUUCUGGGUUCAAUCCCCAGUACCUCUUAAGGGGAAAAAAAGGUAAUAGAAUAAAAUAGAAGUAAUAUCCACUUCACAUACCAUGUUUGUUCAAGUAUAUAAUCAUGUUGAAAUCUAUGUGAUGAUGGAAUAACUGUAAUAGGAGAGUUGUAAAAACGUGUACAGUUACAUGUGAAAUUAUGUCAUAGUAAUUGACAAGAUGUUGGACUACAGGGGUAUAAACUUUUAUAACUAGAUGCAAUUUUAUUCUGUUCCAGACUGACAUUUAAAAAUCUGGAGACUAAGUAACUUGAGGUGACCCCUUAUUCUCCAAGGCAACCUCUAGGGAAGUAUAGCUCUACCCGGGGUUAGGGUUAGUUCACACCUGAGCCCACUGCUUAGUCUCCAAGGACAGAAAGAGAAGUGGCCGGGCCUUGGGAGCCUCCUGGUGUGACCAGCGGGACGUGCACAACCCCACCUGUGACGCAUUCUUGCCAAAGAAAGUGAAAGCAAAUUACUUAAUUCUCUAGAUCCACGACCAGUGUAUAGGGAGGGAAUACAGGGUAUAGAGGGACAUGUGAAAACUCCACGUGGACGCAACAAGCAAAAUCCAGAGUGCAAAGUCUACAGGACAAAUAACUUGUUUUAUUCCUUCAACAAAUCAGUGACAAGAAAGAAGAAAAAAAGGAAGGGGGAACUGUUUUAGACGAGAUUUUAAAAAAAAUUUAUUUUAAGUUUUUUUUCUUGGGAGCAUACCCUUUUAUUUUUUGUCCUUUUUUUUUAAAUAGAGGUACUGGGGAUUGAACCCAGGACCCUGUGCAUGCUAAGCACGUGCUCUACCCCUGAGCUAUACCCUCCCCCCAGAUGAAGAGAUUUAAGAGCUAAGUAAGAAAAUUUGAACACUGUGUAUUUGAUGAUAUUAAGAAUUAUUGUUACAUUAGCAGGAAAGUGCUCUUAUCUCUUGGAGAUGUUUCUUUAUUUUUUUAAUCAUUUUUUUUUAUUGCGUUAUAGUCAUUUUACAAUGUUGUGUCAAAGAGAUGUUUCUUAAAGAUAUAAAUAUGUAACAUUUAUGGACGAAAUGUUAUGACAUCUUGGAUUUGCUUUAAGAUAGCCCAGCUUGCUGGGGAGGGAGGCUGGCUUGUGUGUGUGAGUUGGGGGUGGAGAUUGUGGGGGAAGAAGAGAGACUGGCUUGAUGCUGACAGCUGGUGAUGCUGGGGGAGUGGGUACGUGGAGGAUUCGUGUCUCCAUUCUGUCUCCUUUGUGUACAUGUGAACAUUUCUAUAAUAAAAAGUGUCUUCAAAAACCAAA